AUGCGCGAACUACUCUCCAAGCAUUUGAUUAUAGGCUUGCUCUGCUUGAUGGUAGCAUUUGGAGGCUUUGUUUUUGGAUGGGACACGGGCACGAUCUCCGGGUUUGUGCAGAUGCCGAGUUUCAAACAAACUUUUGGGGAAUGGAACGUCAAGGAUAACAGCUUUGAAUUCACAAAUACACGUGUAGGAUUGAUCAUUUCUAUCUUCAAUAUUGGCUGUGCUGUUGGAGGCAUUACCUUGGGCAAAUUGGGAGAUGUCUUUGGAAGGAAGAUAGGAUUGAUGGGAGUAAUGAUGAUCUACAUUGUGGGUAUCAUUGUCCAGAUUUCGUCCUUUCACUGGGUGCAGUUCAUGGUUGGAAGAAUAAUUUCAGGUCUAGCGGUGGGAGCUGUCUCUGUUUUGUCACCAAUGUUCAUUGCAGAGACGUCACCUGCUGAGAUAAGGGGUAUCAUGGUCUCCUGCUACCAGUUGAUGAUCACCCUAGGUAUCCUUUUGGGCUACAUUACCACAUUUGGUACAGUACACUCCUAUGAUGAUGCCCGACAAUGGAGAAUUCCAUUAGGAUUAUGUUUUGUCUGGGCUGUGGCUAUGAUAGGAGGUAUGCUAUUUUUGCCGGAAUCAGCAAGAUACUUGAUUGAAAAAGGUCACAUGGAGAAGGCAAGGCUAUCCGUUGCAAAAGUCAACAGUAUGGACCCCUACGAUGAGGUCGUUCAACAGGAGAUUGAAACGUUUACUUUAGCUAUUGCGGAGCAGCACGAAGCGGGCAAUGCUUCCUGGAUGGAAUUGCUCAUGGGGAAACCUCGUAUCUUGGCCCGUCUCAUUAUCGGAAUUGCAUUGCACUCUUUCCAACAGCUAACUGGUAACAACUACUUUUUCUACUAUGGAACAUCAAUCUUUAAAUCAGUGGGACUACAAGAUUCGUUUGUCACCUCAAUCAUCCUUGGUGCUGUCAAUUUUGGCUCCACCUUUAUUGCGCUCUACAGCAUUGGAAAAGUGGGAAGAAGACCGAAUCUACUCUACGGGUCUGUUUGCAUGGCUGCCUGUUUAUUGACCUUUUCUGUGAUCGGAUCCACCAUUCUUUAUCCAAAUGGUUUUGAUCAGCCAACAGAUAAGCAAGCUGGAGGCGCUAUGAUUUUCCUUACAUGUAUGUUUAUUUUCACCUUUGCCACUACAUGGGCUCCUGGAGUAUUUGUGGUGGUUUCCGAGACUUAUCCGUUGAGGAUCCGGUCCAAGGGUAUGGCUAUCGCUACAGCCGCCAACUGGCUAUGGGGGUUUAUGAUUGCUUUUUUCACGCCAUUUAUCAUUUCCCACAUUAGGUUUGCCUAUGGGUUUGUAUUUUUUGGAUGCACUGUUGCGGCUGCCAUUUUCGUUUACUUGAUGGUCCCUGAAACUGGUGGGCUUUCUUUGGAGCAGGUGGAUGUUUUAUACAAAUAUUACAAGCCAGGACAAGCCCAAAAUACCCGUGAUGAGGCAGAAGAGAGUGUCCGUGUCGAAAGGUUGAACGCACUGCCACCUUUUCCCUAUCCUUUUGAAGAAAAAAUUAGCAUGAUGACACCGAACUAUGAUGCAUGA